CACAAGAACAUAACCAACACAUAUCAAUCACAUAACAUCAAUCUCCCUCCACCCAAACUAACACUCUACUCUCUCUGCAUCAUCAAUGGCGUCCAACACCAUCCUCUUCCUCUCCCCUCCCACCGUCACCCGCCACCACACCCCCCUCUUCACCACCACCACCACCACCACUUCCCUCCGUCGCAUCCCCCAAUUCUCCUCGUACUCUUUCUCAACCAGAUCAUCAUCAUCACGCUCAAUUUCCGCUACUUCACGUGCAAUGGAAGCCUUAAUAUUCGACUGCGACGGAGUUAUUCUCGAGUCAGAGGACUUGCAUAGGCAAGCUUAUAAUCUGGCUUUUGCUCACUUUGAUGUCCGGUGUCCUCCAUUCUCUGAAGUUCUCGAUUGGGGCACCGAGUUUUACGACGUCCUUCAGAAUCAAGUUGGUGGUGGUAAACCGAAAAUGCGAUGGUAUUUUAAGGAGAACGGCUGGCCUACUUCGACGCUCUUUCCCACGCCUCCGGAAAGUGACGCUGAUAGGGCGAAACUGAUUGAUGUUCUUCAGGAUUGGAAGACAGAGAAGUACAAGGAUAUACUCAAGUCAGGAACUGUUGAGCCAAGACCGGGUGUUUUAAGACUGAUGGAUGAAGCAAGGGCUUCUGGUAAAAAGCUUGCUGUAUGUUCUGCAGCGACUAAAAGCUCGGUUAUCCUCUGUCUAGAAAGUCUUAUUGGAAUGGAGCGUUUCCAAAGUCUUGAUUGCUUUCUUGCAGGUGACGACGUGAAGGAAAAGAAGCCUGACCCGUCUAUAUAUAUUACAGCUUGUAAGAUGCUAGGUGUUUCUGAGAAAGCCUGCUUAGUGGUGGAAGAUAGUGUUAUUGGCCUACAGGCAGCAACAAAAGCUGGAAUGUCUUGUGUGAUUACCUACACAUCUUCAACCGCAGAACAGGACUUUACAGAUGCUAUAGCGAAAUACCCCGACUUAAGUGACGUAAGAUUAAAAGACUUGGAAGAGGUGCUACAAAAUGCGGUCACUGCAUAGGAAGAUGACAAGAAUUUCCAGGCGAAAACGCAACCCUUCAAAUUUUGGAGAUAUUUGUUUAAAAAAUCAACGACAAAUCAACAUUUGCUUGAAACUUGUAUACACUGUACACAAUUUGGUCAUUUCAUCAGUUUCUCUCUCAAACAUACUUUCCAUGAACUAAUGUACAAAAUUCUUUUUUUUUUGAUCAUAGAUAAGUUCUCAUCU